AUCGUUCACCGGAUUUGGUGGUCGGGGAGCAUCAACCGCCAAUUUGUCAUCUUAGUGCUUUGUUAAGUGUUAUCGGGACCAGUAUGAAGAAAUUUCUAGUGCUUUCAAUGGCUGUUGCCAUUGCGAUGGGUGCAGCCAUCGAAAAGUCUGAUAAGGAAGUGGACAGCAGCAAGGAUGCUAUCAAGGCUGAAGAUCAGCCAAAAGUACAUGAAAAGCGGGGCCUCAGCGACUACGCACAUGGGUAUGGACAUCCGGAUGUGAUGAAUGGAUUCAAGCCUUCGUACGGAUACGAAUCUGCUGAUAGUGCUGAAGUAAGGUAUAUCAAGGUGUACCGUCAGAAGAGUCACGAUCUGAAGGACGAAAAGCACACCAUCAUCACCAAGAAAAUCCCAGUCCCAUACAAGGUGGAAGUAGAGAAGCACACCAUCAUCGAGAAGAAGGUUCCAGUUCAUAUUGAUCGACCAGUGCCAUACCGCGUUGAAGUUGAGCGUAAGGUUCCUGUCUACGUCGAAAAGAAGGUUGCCGUGCAUGUCGAUCGUCCCGUUCCAUAUCCAGUGAAGGUGCCUUACCCAGUCGAAGUCGAGAAGAAGGUCCCAGUGUACGUCGAAAAGAAGGUCCAUGUUGACCGUCCAGUCCCAUAUCCCGUCGAAGUGGAAAAGAAGGUUCCAGUCGUCGUAGAAAAGAAGGUCCCGGUGCACGUAGAGCGAUUUGUCCCUGUUCCAGUGGAAGUUAAGGUUCCCGUGGUUCACAAGGUCGAGGUUGAAGUGCCCAAGCCCUACACCAUCCAGGUCCCAAAACCAUUUCCGGUGUACAUCGAAAAGGAAGUCGUCAAACACGUCGAUCGACCAGUGCGCGUAGAAGUAGAGAAGAAGGUUCCAGUUCCGAUUGUUCACAAGGUCGAGGUCCCAAAACCCUACGCUGUCAUCCUAGAGAAGCCAGUUGUGGUUGAAAAACGCCCAGGCCACCACGAACAUCACCAAACUCAGCAGGAAGUCCGUCCAGUUGCCCUGAAGCUCACCAAGUUCGUGUCCGAGCCAAUUCAUGAAUCUCACGAAGAUGACCAUGAACACCACAGCCAUGAAGAAUACGUUCAUCAUGUCCCUGAACAUCUAGUUCAGCACAAGGAUGAAAGCCAUGACAGCGCAGAACACCAUCAACAUCACCACCAGCAGCAGGUGCAUCAUCACGAAGAUGAUCACCACCAGCACGAGUACCGUCAUCAUCAUCAGCAGCAGCAGCACGAAGAACACCACCACAUCCCGGUUCACCACAAACGGGAAUCGUCCAAGAACUGAAUGAUGACAAGCUAUCGUGCGAACUUGAGUGCAAUCGAAGUUUGGUAACCUUCACCUUUCUCUAGUCUAGCUGAUAAGAAACGCACUGAGCAAAUGCAAAUAUUCGUGGUUCCUAAACUUUUAUUUGCAGUUUGUCGAUGUAGAAUGAUCCUGUUUUCCCCUAUUUCCUGUUAUAAAAAAAAUUGUUGUCCUCCUAAAUAAAACCUGUUAA